AUGGCGGCCGCCGUCGCAAGCGGGAUGUCCACAGUAGUGGAGUUUCGCGCAGGUAUUUAUUUGUUUAGAAGUCGUUUUGUCAUCUGCCAAGAUAGAAUAACGUUUGGAUUUUUCUGGGGACAUGCUCGCCGUCACUUUGGAUGAAUUUGUCAAACAAGAGAGACCACAACUUUCUGCGUUUGUUCACAGGUAAGAUGAAUUGGGACGGGCGGAUGUGCACAGCGGACAAGCGAAAGGGGAAAGUUCAACUUGUGAAGGACGCGGAAGAUUUGCACCACGUGCUGUGGUGGGACCGGGACAAAAACGAGAAAAUUGACGAUUACGUCGUCGUGCAGGAUGCGUACCUGGAGCGGGUUAGAAAAUGCACCACUGGCCGCGUGUAAGAUAGAACUACCUUUUCAUUCAUGCAGGAUUUUUCCAUGAUAGUUUAAGUUUAUUGAACUUGAACCAGUAGGGGUGGCGUCAAGCAUCAGUUUCUGCUUGUCUUUGCAGAGUUUUAUUCGAAAUUGGUGUCCUCGAACAGGCAGAAUCAUGAUCAUCCACCCUUUGACUUUCAUACAGGUACGUCCUAAAAUACACGUCAUCGUCCGUGCGGGUGUUUUUCUGGAUGCAGGAGCCAAAGGACGAUAAGGACGACGAGCUGAUAAAGAAAUUCAACACGACAAUAGGCACGGAAAUACCACUAGCGACGCAGAUCGCCGCGACCAUCCCGCAGCCCGCGACUUCCAGCGCGAUGGCAGCCACCGCCGCCGUCCCGGCCGCCGCACCCCCCGCCAACCAGGCGGCACUGCAGGCGCAACUGCUGGCCUUGCUGCAGAACGCAGGGGGCCAGCUGCAAAAUGUGGAUCAAUCCAGGGUACUAGUUGGUUUUCGUGCUACACGUGUAGGUGAGUAAAGGGGAUGAAGUAGAUGAAAAAUUAAUUUCCUGAUUUUUAGGCAGCUAGACUCGUUAUUUCAAAGGAACCAAAGAAACACCAUCAAAAGAGCCACACGACAUGAUGAUGAGCUGGAAUCAUAAAUUUCUCACACACUUGCAAAACAUCGACAACAGAAAUCACGGGUAACCCUGAACUCCAUGCUGAAAGCCGAUGUGCUUCUUACAUUAGCGGAAGACAGUGAGGCGCUCGCAGAGCUAAAAACGCAUAUGCCCAAGGAUCAGCAGGAAGACCAGGACGUCAUAGGUAAAUACUUGGUACUGCUUGUACUAGAGCAUCCAGAGAUCAAGAAGUUUCGCUUUGCCAGCUGGACCCAGACACGAAACAAUUUUUAUUUUUGCUUUUAUUUGCCCAUCCUCCAGUGUGAAAAAAAAAAACUUCAACAGAUACGAUGCACUCUCCGCAGCUAAAGGAGAACAUGAAGGUGCUGACGCAAGCGAUAUAUUCCGACCAGCUUCCUGUUCUCUUCACGAUGAUGGGCCUUGCACAGGGCCCAAACAUGAACGAGGACCUGAUGGAGACGUUGGUAAAAGCCCUUGAAGCCACCCACAAGCGGGAUUGAUCGCUCUCUAUGGAACAUCAUCUUGGUGCGCGCGUCACUUUACCUGGAAAGAAUCAAAUUAGCGACACAAAAGGAAUUUUUCAAAAAGCUGAAAAA